UUUUCAAAAGGUUUACAAUAUUGAUUCAACUGCCAAACAAAAGAAAACAGAAUCAAAAAUCGAAAAAUGGAGAUGUCAACGAAGGCAAUUUCAAUGAAAGCACCAAACACAGAACAAUCAAAAGAUGUUGUUGUAAGAGAAGUAUUACCUGGAAAUGGAAUAACAACUGGAGGAUCAAGAGAAGGAUCAAAAGAAUCUGCAAAUCCACCUGGAACACCUCCACCGCCAGAAGAGAAGCCGAAAGAGCCUAUGGUUGAUGUUCCAGUCGUUCAAAUUACUCCAGAGAUUAAAGGCUGUCAAUUCUACCAUGGAAUAAUUCCACGUGUCGAUGCUGAGUUGUCACUUCGUUACGUAGGUGAUUAUCUCCUGAGAAGAGCGGAACCACGUGAAAAUGCGGGUGGACAAUUUCUGAUAAUUUCUGUAAAAAGAGAAGCUGGAUUUGUUCAUGUUCCAAUAAGUCAAGACAAAGAAGGUGCAAAACAGUUUUAUUUUAUGCCAACACUCAAGGAAAACACUGUUUUAGAUUUGAUUGAUGUCCAUCUUGCUCGUGCGCAACCAGUAUGCGUUCAGUGGAAUGUGUAUCUUCGUAAACCAGUCCUCCGAGCAACAUGGAUUAUUCCACACGAGGACGUGAUCUUGUAUCGAAAAAUCGGAUCUGGAGCCUUCGGAGAGGUUUUUCUUGCAAGAAUGGUUGAUCCAACAAGUGAAUAUGUGCUGGAUUGUGCUGUCAAGAAAUUGAAACAGGAAGCAACAAUGGACGCAAAGCUACGUUUUAUGAAAGAAGCUAGAAUGAUGCUGAAGAACUACAAACACAAGCAUAUUGUCAUGAUAUUUGGAAUUGCCACAUUGAAUAGUCCAUUGUUGAUUCUUAUGGAAUUGUGUCCGAAUGGAUCCUUGAUCUCAUAUCUUCGGAAAAAUAAGGGAAAAGUGACUUUACUCGAAAAACUUCGAUUCUCUGCAGAAGCAUCCAGUGGAUUGGCAUAUCUAGAAAAAAUGGAAUGUAUUCAUCGUGAUAUAGCUGCAAGAAAUUGUCUGUUGUCUGCAAAGAAUGAGAUAAAGAUAUCAGAUCUUGGAUUGGCGGAUGACAAGGGAAUGGUAAUUGAUUAUUCAUUGGAUAAACUUCCAAUUAAAUGGUUAGCUCCAGAGAUUAUGCAAGACAAGGUUUAUUCAUUGAAAUCUGAUAUUUGGGCUUUUGGAAUUAUGAUUUGGGAGAUUUUUGCGGAAGGUGAUGAACCAUAUCCAGGACUCAAUAAUACACAGGCUCGUGCCAAAAUAGUUGUUCUCGACUAUCGAAUGAAAUUUCCGGAUGAAGCUCCAACUGAACUAGUUCAAGUAAUUGAUACAUGUUGGAAAAAGGAUCCAGAUAUGAGACAGACAAUGGUUUUACAUUCAUCUGCACUUCAAUUACUUUAUGAGAAUAAGCUUCCAUUAUUAUUUGCUCAAACAAUUCAAGCAACAUCACUUCCACCGGGAACAAUUGCUCAAUCAUCAACUCCAAUUCCAAUUCCAAUAUCUGGUGUAUCUGGUGCUCCAGCUGUUGUAACUGCAAAUGGUGUUGAACAAUUCACUCCACCGUCGGAUAAUGUUGAGAAAUCUUCUUAUCAAAUGUGAAAUUGACUACUAGCAAAUAAAGUUUGGAAUUUUCCAAAAAAAUUUGUUUUCUUUUUUUUUAAUUCUCAAGACUUGUGACAUUGAAUUCAUAAAACUGUUUUCUUGCUGCA